UUGCACGUGGAAGCAACAAGAGAUAGAGAGAGAUAGAGAGAGGAGAUUGGGUGGGAAACUUUAACGUCAGUUGCGGUUGACAGACGACGCCGGAUUCUCCUUCACCGGCCGCCCGUUUAAAAUCGAAACUCACUCAUCGGAGACAAAGUGAUUACCUUUUCUUCUGGGUUUUCUCAUUUGAAUCUGAAAAACUGCGUUACAUCGUCUUGGACGGGAAGACUCUUUCACUCUCUCUCUCUCUCUGUAUAAAUACGCCACAAAGAUGAACGAUCCGUAGAAUUAUUCAUCUGGAACCGAAGCCAAAGUAUCGCAACCAGAUGAAGAAGAAGCUUGCUGUACCCGUGACGAUGGAGCACGUCCUGUUGGCGUUACGAGAGACCAACGAGGAAAGAGAGAUUAGGGUUCGGAGUCUGUUCGAUUUCUUCGACAACUCCAGCUUAGGGUUCCUAGACUACGCCCAGAUCGAAAAGGGCCUCGCUUCGCUUCAGAUCCCUCCCGAGUACAAGUACGCCAGAGACCUGUUCAGAGUCUGCGACGCCAACAGAGACGGCCGCGUUGAUUACCACGAGUUCCGUCGUUACAUCGACGCCAAGGAGCUCGAGCUUUACAGGAUCUUCCAGGCCAUCGACGUCGCUCACAACGGCUGCAUUUUGCCCGAGGAGCUCUGGGAGGCUCUCGUCAAAGCCGGGAUUGAGAUAGAUGAUGAGGAGCUAGCUCGUUUCGUGGAGCAUGUUGAUAAGGACAACAAUGGAACUAUUACAUUCGAGGAGUGGAGGGACUUUCUUUUGUUGUACCCUCACGAGGCCACCAUUGAGAACAUAUAUCAUCACUGGGAGAGAGUGUGUUUGAUAGACAUUGGGGAGCAAGCUGUUAUACCCGACGGUAUAAGCCAACACGUCAAGAGAAGCAGGCUGCUUCUCGCCGGAGGACUAGCCGGAGCCGUUUCUAGAACCGCGACCGCGCCGCUGGACCGGUUGAAAGUCGUUCUGCAGGUUCAGAGAGCGCACGCGGGGGUCCUCCAGACGGUUAUAAAGAUAUGGAGGGAAGAUAAGCUGACGGGUUUCUUCAGAGGUAACGGUUUGAAUGUCAUGAAGGUUACUCCCGAGAGCGCCAUUAAGUUCUGUGCUUUCGAGAUGCUGAAACCGAUGAUUGGUGGUGGUGGGGGAGAGGGUGGAGGUGGUGAUAUUGGGACGAGUGGGAGGCUUUUGGCUGGUGGGAUGGCUGGUGCGGUGGCUCAGACCUCUAUUUAUCCCAUGGAUCUUGUGAAGACUAGGUUGCAGACUUGUGUGAGCGAAGGUGGGAAGGCGCCGAAGCUGUGGAAGCUCACGAGGGAUAUUUGGGUGAGAGAGGGACCUAGGGCGUUCUAUAAGGGUCUCUUUCCUUCGCUUCUUGGGAUUAUUCCUUAUGCAGGGAUCGACCUAGCUGCGUAUGAGACGUUAAAAGAUUUGUCUAGGACGUACAUUCUUCAUGACACCGAGCCGGGUCCAUUGAUACAGCUGAGCUGUGGAAUGACAUCUGGAGCUCUUGGAGCAUCAUGCGUUUACCCGUUACAGGUUGUAAGAACAAGAAUGCAAGCGGAUAGUUCAGAGACGACAAUGAAGCAGGAGUUUAUGAAAACGAUGAGAGGUGAAGGAGUGAGAGGUUUCUACAGAGGACUGUUACCAAAUCUUCUCAAAGUAGUUCCAGCGGCAAGCAUUACAUAUAUUGUUUAUGAAGCUAUGAAGAAAAAUAUGGCUCUUGAUUAAUUAAAGCCAAAUACACACACAAUUUUCUCUGAGUUGAGUCAUUCUUUUUUUGUUGUUGUUCGCAAGGGGUCUUUUGUGGACUCUUGAGCUUUUAGAUUAUGUGAGAUUAACAGAAACAAGCCGAUACUGUAAUAUGUCUGAUGGUCGUUGAUGAUCAAGACUCAUGUCUGUAAAGUAACAUCUUCACAAACGGAUCUUCAGUGGAGUAAAAUUACGGUUCUGUUUUAA